CACGGCCGCUACCACGAACUGGCGCCAAACAUGGUUCCCAUGGAUUAUACCAAGAAUCCAGAUGUUAAACUCCCUCUGCAGCUCAUUGAAAACAUGCCGGAGCUAAAGGAAAAUCCCUUCCGGGAGAGAAUCGUGCACUCCUUUUCAGAAGACCCCGAGGGAAGCCUCAGCUUUAACGACUUCGUUGACAUGUUUUCUGUACUUAGUGAAACGGCUCCCCGGGAGCUAAAAGCAAUCUAUGCCUUUAAGAUUUAUGAUUUUAACACCGACAACUUUAUCUGCAAAUCUGACCUGGAGCAAACUCUGAACAAGUUAACGAAGGAAGAGCUGACCCAGGAGGAAGUCAGCCUGGUGUGCGAGAAGGUCAUCGAAGAAGCGGACAUGGAUGGCGAUGGGAAGCUUGGAUUUUCAGAUUUCGAAAACAUGAUUUCCAAAGCUCCAGAUUUUCUCAGCACCUUCCACAUACGAAUCUGAAAACGCGGGGCUGAGCCACCGGAAGCAAACUUGACACCCGCCUUUUGCGUCUCAGGCCUUGCUGAUGUGUUACCCGCUUUCUCCUCCCCUCCUGAAUGCUGCAGCAAAGGACUCCCCAAGCCCUGGGCCAGCAGCAGGAGGACUCUUUUCCGAGAUCUUUGGAUUAUCUGUGGAUUAAUAUUCCUAAUUUUUUUUUUAAAAAAAUCACAAUGGGCCAGUCCCAUUGUGGGAAAUGAAUUGCUGGACUGUUAUUUUUCUAACUGGACAACCGAGUCGUCCGUGGGCUUACCUGUACUUUUUAUACUUGUAAAGCUUUGAUAAUUCGCCCUCCAAGCAAAAAAAAGACAAAAUCACAAGGGCGUUUUGCCGGGUCUCCCGAGAGGACUUGGUGGGACGAAGCACUGAAAUCCCAAGGAGAGCGCAGGGACCUGCCUUUAAAUCGGGCGACAGCCCCAGCUGGAUCUGCGCAGCAGAAGACGGCCUGUGCCCAGAACGUGUCGUGUCGUUACUCGACCUGGAUUUCGGUGCUUGAUCAACCCGUGUUGGGUGAAGGCUUCUCUCCUUAACGAAACUUGAAACCUUCCCUCUUUGUCCUCCCAAAGACACUUUGCAUUAGCAAAUCAAUUCUUCUCCAAAUGGAGACGACGCACAGCACAUCACAUCGUUGGCAUUUACGCUUGUGCUCAUUUCCUGAUUCGAUUACGCUGACAGAUUGCAAAAAAUAAAGACAUGAAACAGUGGGAUGAAACAAAACAAAGGGCAAAAACAAGGGGAAAACGGCGGGGGGAAAAAAACCCCGAAACCCACAGCAACCCCACGCCGAAGCAGACGCACAGCCCGGGAAGCCAGCUGCGCACUUUCCUGGUUGGGUGCACGGCCGUGAUUUCUCUUCCGGUACCUUUUCUCCGAAACCAGCUGCAUUUCGUAUUUCCUUUCGGUCCAAUCUCGGCUAACAAACUGGGCAUGAUGACAAUCAUAUCUGUGCCGCCACUGUUCACACAGUCUCUUGGAAGGGCUUCGGUACACACUGUGUGGCUUCUGUAAAUGACCCACAAUUAAAACAUC